UGAGUGAUAAUUUUAUGAUAUGUUAUUUUUCAAACCAGAAAAAGCAGAAUCUUUAAAUGCAAUCUCAGCAAUAGCAGAUAACAAGGUGCAAAAACAUGUGGUUCAACAAUAUAUUGAAAAAAUGCUGGGUAUUCCGCUGCUUUGGAUUGAUGAAAAGUCUCAAAAAGUACCGGAUUUAGCAAUAUGUCUGAAUACAGACAAUGUUGAUGGUUCACUGCUAUCUUUACAGGAAAAAAGUGCAAAAGAUACCAUUUUAGUUAUCAUUUAUCAUUGUGAAGAAGGAAUGGAUAUCACAAGACCGUCCCACUACAACCGUAGAUUUUCCAGUGUUCUAGAUUUGCGUUUUAGUGAAUGCCGCAAUAUAUUUUAUGGAAAUAAAUUUUCGAUUGAAGAACUGAAAAGACUUCUUCUGUCAAGGAAAGGACUUUUCGGAAGAAAAACAGAUGCGAAAAUCCUCCAUUUGCAAGACGAGGAACCCCAAACGCAGCAAGUCAUGGAAUCCUUUUACCACACCAGAUACCUAAUAAGGAUGUGCCGAUGGUUAUAUGAUUGCUUACGAGCAAUAUUCAAUUUCCUAAGGAAUUUGUGCUGCUGUUUUGCAGAAGACAGUGAAGAAAAUGGUCGCCUUUUAACGAAAUCAAUUCACGUGACAACAUCCCCACUUCAAGCAUAUUGUCGAAAUACAUUUCAAAACUUUCAAAACAAGUAUUUGCGAUCGUGCAACCUCGAGUGGAAAGAUCUUCAAGUAAUUACGAACACAGUAAUUAUACUUUGUCCGAAGAAGUCUCGCCUUCAAGAUGACAUUACAGAGACUUUGAAUUAUUUCAAAAUAUUAGGUCAACCAAAAAUAAUGCUUAUUGUAAUGCACUAUUGUGAACGUGACAUAGAGCCGGACAUAGAGCCGGAAAACCUUCUAACAGAAAAUAGAAAUAGCAGGGUCUCAUCUUUUGCUAAUAUAGUAUAUAGCGAUUCCGAACAAUGUUACGACUGUCAUAUAAACGGUAAGGCCGUGAAAGCCAUCAAAGACUUUAUAAGAAGUAAUUGA